CUGAUUCAUCAAUCUCUCCUCCUUUCUUCUUCCUGCUUCUUUUAGUUCUUUUUUAUUCCACCCUCCGAUGCAAGUUCUCCGACGUCGAGUUGUCGCAAUGGGACAAUAAAAAACACAGCAAAACAAAUUCAUCCCCGAUCGGUAUAGGUGGGAGCCGCUGAGACUUCGCAGGUGCAACGCCGGCAAAUUUCGCAUCAGUCGUCAAGAGCUGCUGCAGGCAGAUAAUUUUUAAUGACCGAGUCGAUAAAGAGACAGUAUCCUCUGCAUUGGCACGUUUGGCACAAUGAGUACGCUCAGCUCGAUGCAGCACUUAAGAAAAAGACGGAAGACAAGGAGAAAAGAGAUCCAAGGGGUCGAUCGCCUCUCAUGCUGGCCGUCACCCUUGGCCACCUUGAGUCAGUGAGGGUCCUUCUGAACCACGGUGCAAAUGUUAACACCGAAAACAGAGAAUUCUGGACUGUGGUCCAAGAGGCAACGGCAACCGGAGACCCCGACUUGCUCCAAAUGGUCUUGGAAAAGAGAGACUUUCAGAGGUAUUCCAGCAGAAUUGGAGGUGUUCCUGAGCUACUGCAAAAGUUGAAGGAUGUUCCAGACUUUUAUGUUGAAAUGAAAUGGGAAUUCACUAGUUGGGUGCCAUUGGUGUCAAGAAUGUGCCCUAGUGACACUUACAAGGUUUACAAGCAAGGUUCCAAUGUCCGCAUAGACACUACCCUCCUGGGCUUUGACCACACCAAUUGGCAAAGAGGAGACAAAACCUACAUCUUCAAAGGACAAACAAUGGCCACUCCUCGUGUCCUUCGUUGCGACCGCAGCUAUAUUUUCAAGCUGUUGGCGGCAGGUGAUUCUGCACUGAUGAUUGAAGUAGAUCAUGAGAAGAGAGAAGUUUUCAGUGAGCAAAUGAAAAUAAUCAGUCCAGAAGACUUGCUGAGUCUGCAUCCGAGCGAAGGAGCCAUCAGCUCUCGACUGACCACUCCAAUUGUCACCACGUACAUCGACACGGAGAAAAUCAGCUUUGAACGGAACAAAAGCGGCAUUUGGGGCUGGCGAGCUGACAAGCUGGAGGAAGUCAACGGCCACGAGUGCAAAGUCUUCUCAGCCAAUAAUGUGGAGCUUGUUACGAAAACUCGGAUGGAGCAUUUGUCGGCAGCUGACAAAUCCAAAAUUCACAUGCCCAAAACAGCUCUGCAGUCAUUCCUCGGCAUUGCUGAGACUGAGGAGAGAACACAUUCCCCUGUUGAAGAUAUUCAUGUGGAGGAAGUAAAAUAUAGAGGAAAUCCAUGCAACAUUUCUGUCCAGGAUUACUUUUCGACCAUUGAUCUCGAAGGCAAAGAUAUUGGGCGGCCAAAAGAAAUUCAUGCCAAGAUCCAAAAGUUUAGAGCAAACUUGUGGCUUGCCGAAAAGUACCCUCUAACUCUGCCAGAACAAAUCAUGCCCAUUGUGGAUCUCAUGGCUAUAUCUAGUACACACUUUGCAAAACUUAAGGAUUUCAUACAAAUGCAACUACCUGCUGGCUUCCCCGUCAAAAUUGAGAUUCCACUGUUCCACGUUUUGAAUGCCAGAAUCACGUUUGGAAACAUUUUUGGCAUGGACGAAGAAAUUCCCGGAGUGAGCCGUGUUGGUGAUGAAGAUAAUUUGAGCUGUGUUUUGAACGAGUCAUGUUUUGAGCCACCACCAGGCUAUGUUCCACAAGGAGGAGACGGCCGUAGACAGUUCAGCAUGGAGGAUGAAGAUGAGCUCCUCCAGUUUGCCAUUCAGCAGAGCCUCUUGGAUUCAGGAACUGAGGGCGAUGAAGUGGACAUUUGGGAAGCUUUGAAAAGUGAUCGUCGACACUCCCAACCUGCCCCGUUGAACACCUUGCAAGCAGAAGAGGAAAGACAAUUGCAAAGGGCUAUUCAAGCUAGUUUGGCACACCUUGCUGGAUCCUCGUCCCCGCCACAGAGCAGGGAGCCUCCGGACGGAGCUGAAGGCCUUGAUCCAGACCUGCAACUGGCUCUCCUGUUGUCGCAGCAGGAACAGGACCAGAGCGCGCGGCAGAAAGAAGAGGAGGAUCGCAUUAUGGAACAAAUCCUGAAGCUUUCUAUGACUGAGAAGUGAACAGGAGUACAUAUAGAUUUUGCACUAAUUACAAAGGGUGAUCACGCUUAAUUAAAUUAUAUAACUAAUAUUGUCAUGUUAUAGAAUAUAUAUUAAUUAACGCCUCCAACAAAAAAAAAAUGAAAAUUCUGCUAUAUUGUGUGAAAAGCAAUCAUUAAAAUAUAGUAUCCAGUAAUGAAAAUUUCUAAAUUGCCAAAUC